AUGCCGACCGUCCACCUGCUCGACUAUGUUGCGGGCAACAUUCGCAGCUUGGUCAAUGCCAUUGAGAAGCUAGGAUAUCAAGUCGAGUGGAUCAAGUCGCCCGAAGAUGUGCCCAAGGCCGAGAAGCUUAUCCUCCCCGGUGUAGGCCACUUUGGCCACUGCCUCUCGCAGCUGUCGCAGGCCGGCUACCUGCCCGCCGUUCAGCAGCACAUUGCCGCCGGCAAGCCCUUCUUCGCCGUCUGCGUAGGGUUGCAGGCGCUCUUCCAGGGCUCCGCCGAGGAUCCCGACGUGGCCGGCCUCGGCGUCAUCCCCUCGUCCCUGGACCGCUUCUCCGAUGCCGACAAGCCCGUCCCGCACAUUGGCUGGAACAGCGCCGACACGCAUGGCCGCGCCAUGUACGACCUGCGCGCCGGCUCCAAGUACUACUACGUCCACUCCUACAAGUGCCCCUACAAGCCCGGCGAGCUCGAGAGCCAAGGCUGGACCGUCGCCACCGGCACCUACGGAAACGAGACGUUCAUCGGCGCCAUUGCCAAAGGCAACAUCUACGCGACGCAGUUUCACCCCGAAAAGUCGGGUGUGGCCGGUCUGCGCACCCUACGCGCGUUCCUCACCGGCGCGGGCGCAAAGAACCUCGGCGCCCCCCUCACCCAGCCCGCUGCCUCGUCUGCCUCGAAGGACGGCCUGACGAGACGCGUCAUUGCGUGCCUCGACGUCCGCACCAAUGACCAGGGCGACCUCGUCGUCACCAAGGGCGACCAGUACGACGUCCGCGAAAAGAGUGACGGCAACAACGUCCGCAACCUCGGCAAGCCCGUCGAAAUGGCCAAGCGCUACUACGAGGACGGCGCCGACGAGGUCACGUUUCUCAACAUUACGUCCUUCCGCGACUGCCCACUCGCCGACCUGCCCAUGCUCGAGGUGCUCCGCCAGACGUCGCGCACCGUCUUCGUGCCGCUGACCAUUGGCGGCGGCAUCCGCGACACGGUCGACACGGACGGCACAAAGGUCACGGCCCUCGAGAUUGCCACCAUGUACUUCAAGUCGGGCGCCGACAAGGUCUCAGUCGGCUCCGACGCCGUCAUCGCCGCCGAGGAGUACUACUCGCUCGGCAGGAAGCUCUUUGGCAACACGGCGAUUGAGCAAAUCUCGCGCGCGUACGGCAACCAGGCCGUCGUCGUCAGCGUCGACCCCAAGCGCGUGUACGUGCCCAAGCGCGACGCCACGCGGCACGCCCUCGUCGAGACGGCCGCGCCGGGCCCCAAGGGCGAGCCGUACUGCUGGUACGCGUGCACCAUCAAGGGCGGCCGCGAGACGCGCGACAUAGACGUCGUCGAGCUCGCCCAGGCCGUCGAGGCCAUGGGCUGCGGCGAGCUGCUCCUCAACUGCAUCGACAAGGACGGCACCAACUCGGGCUUCGACCUCGAGCUGAUUGCGCAGGUGAAGGCCGCCGUGACGAUUCCCGUCAUCGCGUCGAGCGGCGCGGGCGUGCCGGCGCACUUUGACGAGGUCUUUCGCAGGACGACGACGGACGCGGCCCUCGGCGCCGGCAUGUUCCACAGAGGCGAGUACACGGUCAAGCAGGUCAAGGAGUACCUGGACGAAAAGGGCCUGGUGGUGAGAAAGUUUGAGGACGACGACUUGGAGCAAUUAUAA